GAAUCAUUUCAAGUCAAAGUCUGUCUCAGUCGCGUCGGCUGGAUCUGGUUUUGCGCUUGAAUUUGCCCUGGCGAUCGCUCUGUUCCUGUCUGUCUUCGACUAGCAUGGUGAUCCCAUCUACCUCCGAACCCACGGCCACAACGGCCCUCACGAAUGGGUAUAUGAUGUCUUCUGUUCCUCAUGCUGUCAGCUUCGAGGACGAGCUAGCAGCCAGCGACAAUGGGAGUAGUGUCUCCAAUGGCUACGAAAACCACGCCGCGUCCGAGUCCUCGCCCGAGCCCGAUCCUGCGGACGACUCAUAUGAUACUGCUUCUCCCGAUGCGGAGGGAGAUGAAGAUGAUUCUGGGAUGGAAAAUAGUGUGAAAGCUAGUAGCCCGUCCAGUGAUGAAAAUUCUUCAUCCUCCGAACACGAGAGAGGCAUCAAGCGCAAAUCGCCUUCAAUCAACGAAUCUGACUACAUUCGACAGAACCCAGACCUUUAUGGACUGCGUCGAAGUGGACGAGCCCGCACGGCGCGUCAAAUCGCCCCUUCUGUUUCUGACUCAGACUCCGAUGAUGUAGCCCCUCGUCCGAAACGUCGACGCGCCGUCCCCUCCCAACAGUCCUCGAAAGUCCCCUCACGGUCUGCCACCCAGUCCACAUACUCUGAAGAAUCGGAUAGUGAUGAAUACGGGGGCAGCCGUGCUCGUAUGAGCAAGGCGAAACGUCGAAGGCUCCUUCAGGCGUCUGUAAACAACGUUCCUUCCCACGCCGAGGUUCGUUUCUCAACAAGAAAUGCUUCUCGCGUCUCGAACUACAACGAAGACGAGGAUGAUUCAAUGUUUGAAGAUGACGCGGAGGAUGUGAUGCAGAGUUACUGGGCGAACACUGUGGAAGAUGACCGACCGGCCGUAGACGUCGUGCUGAACCAUCGUCCCAAGGACGGUGUGGAUCCAAGCGAAACUGGUGCUGACCGCCGUCAAUUUGAAUUUUAUAUCAAAUGGCAAGGAAAGUCCCAUUAUCACGCGACGUGGGAGACUACUGAAAGCCUUGCGAACUGCCGUAGCAUACGCCGCCUUGACAACUACGUCCGAAAGAUCCUAGCCGAAGAUGUCCAUUUGAAAUAUCAUGAGGAUGUUGCCCCCGAAGACAGGGAGAAAUGGAACCUCGAUCGCGAAAGAGAUGUAGAUGCUAUUGAGGACUACAAACAAGUUGAGCGAGUGAUUGCGAUGCGUGAGGGGGACGAGGGAACGGAGUAUCUGGUCAAAUGGAAACGACUUUUCUACGACUCGUGCACGUGGGAGGAUGAAGAGAUGGUUAGUAAUAUCGCUCAACGCGAGAUAGACCGUUUCCUAGAUCGCUCCUCUCGUCCGCCCAUCUCAGAUAAAACGGAAUCAAACCCUGCCACCCGAAAGUCUUUCGAGACCAUCAAGGGCACCCCUAGCUUCCUGCAAAACGGUCAGCUGAAGGAGUUUCAAGUGAAAGGCGUGAACUUCAUGGCCUUCAACUGGGUCAAAAAUCGCAAUGUUGUCCUAGCAGAUGAGAUGGGCCUCGGGAAAACCGUACAGACCGUUUCCUUCAUCAACUGGCUGCGCCAUGUCAGACGCCAACAGGGGCCUUUUGUCGUUGUCGUCCCCCUCUCUACCAUGCCAUCAUGGGCCGAGACCUUUGACAAUUGGACUCCCGAUCUGAACUACGUGGUCUACAAUGGCAACGAAGCCGCUCGCAAUGUUCUCAAAGAGCACGAGCUGAUGGUGGAUGGUAAUCCUAAACGCCCGAAGUUCAACGUCCUCCUCACGACCUACGAGUAUGUUUUACUGGACUCCGCCUUCUUGAGCCAGUUUAAAUGGCAAUUUAUGGCUGUAGAUGAGGCCCACCGUUUGAAAAAUCGGGAGUCUCAACUAUACGUGAAGCUUCUCGAAUUCAGGUCGCCUGCUCGUCUUCUCAUCACCGGUACCCCCAUUCAGAACAACCUGGCUGAACUUUCUGCCCUGCUGGAUUUCUUGAACCCUGGCAUGGUUGAUGUAGAUGCCGAUAUGGAUCUGAAUGCAGAGGCAGCUUCCCAGAAACUCGCGGAGUUGACAAAAGCGAUCCAGCCGUUUAUGCUUCGUCGAACAAAGUCCAAGGUAGAAUCCGAUCUUCCUCCCAAGACGGAGAAGAUUAUUCGCGUUGAGCUUUCGGAUGUUCAACUGGAAUACUAUAAGAACAUCCUCACGAAAAAUUAUGCUGCACUGAACGACGGGGCGCGAGGCCAAAAACAAUCUCUUCUGAACAUCAUGAUGGAGCUCAAGAAAGCAAGCAAUCACCCUUUCAUGUUUCCCAAUGCGGAGGCAAAGAUUCUAGAUGGAAGCACUCGCCGGGAAGACGUACUCAGGGCUCUGAUCACUAGCAGCGGGAAGAUGAUGCUGCUCGACCAGCUUCUCGCGAAACUCAAGCGGGAUGGUCAUCGUGUCUUGAUCUUUAGUCAAAUGGUGAAAAUGCUGGAUAUUCUAGGUGACUACAUGGAAUUCCGUGGCUACACGUACCAACGACUUGAUGGAACCAUCCCCUCAGCCUCCCGUCGUCUCGCCAUCGAGCAUUAUAAUGCUCCUGGUAGUAAUGACUUUGCUUUCAUCCUUUCCACCCGAGCAGGUGGUCUCGGAAUCAACCUUAUGACCGCAGACACCGUUGUCCUUUUCGAUUCGGAUUGGAAUCCUCAAGCCGAUCUCCAGGCCAUGGCGAGAGCACAUCGUAUUGGACAGACAAGACCUGUCAGCGUCUAUCGUUUGGUCUCGAAGGACACCGUAGAGGAGGAAGUGAUUGAACGAGCACGCAACAAGCUUCUUCUUGAGUUUAUCACAAUCCAGCGGGGUGUUACCGAUAAGGAAGCCUCUGAAAUUCAGAAUAAAAUGGCCAGAGGCGGCAUUACGCUUGGAGAGCCGAACUCCACCGAGGAUAUUUCGCGUAUCCUCAAGCGCCGUGGUCAGAAGAUGUUCGAGCAGACAGGCAAUCAAGAGAAGCUGGAGCAGCUCGACAUCGAUUCAGUACUCGCAAAUGCUGAAUUGCACCAGACCGAGCAGGCUGAAGAUAUCCAAGCCGAUGGUGGCGAGGAAUUCCUCAAGGCAUUCGAGUAUGUUGAUAUUAAAGUUGACGACCUGAGCUGGGAUGAUAUCAUUCCCAAAGAACAACUGGAAGUGAUUAGGGCGCAGGAGAAAAAGAAAGCCGACGAGAAAUAUCUUGCCGAAGUCAUCGAACAAAACCGACCACGGAAGCGGAACGCCCCCGGGGAAGAGCGAGAUUCUCGCGCAGAGCGCAAAGCCAAAAGACAAGCAAGAGUGCAGGUUAGUAUGGACGAUGGGGAUGAUUCAGAUUCGAAUGUCCAAGAAGCGGAUCCGAAACGCCCCUUGAUGGAGAAGGAAUACCGACAUCUUCUCCGAGCAUUCCUGCGCUUCGGUGAUAUUGAGGAUCGUGAGGAGGAUGUUAUUCGUGAAGCGCGCCUGCUUGAUCGUGAUAGAGAAACCGUGCGGUCUGCUCUUCGCGAGAUAACUGAGAAGGCAGCUUCAUUGGUCCGAGAGGAUUUGCAGAAAAUUGAGGCUCUUGAAAAUGCUGGCAAGAUGCUGACCAAGAAAGAACGGAAAGCGGUCCUGUUCGACCUUCAUGGUGUCAAGCGUCUUAAUGCAUACACCAUCGUUGAACGCCCCGCAGAGAUGCGCGUGUUGAAGGAAGCCACCCUGGCGGUGCCUGAUUUCAAAAACUUCCGGGUCCCAGAAGCCACCAAGGCACCUGAUUAUUCAUGUCCAUGGGGCGCACGAGAAGAUGGAAUGCUCUGUGUCGGAAUUGCUCGUCAUGGGUAUGGCGCCUGGACGCAGAUCAGGGACGACUCGGACCUUGCGUUGGGGGAUAAGUUUUUCCUGGAAGAGCACCGGGUGGAGCGGAAGACCGAACGCAUGAAUGCGGAAGACAAGACAACCAAGUCUCCUGGUGCUGUCCACCUUGUUCGGCGAGCGGAUUAUUUGCUAUCUAUUCUCAGAGACAAGGCCAGCAGCGGUGCCAACAUCACAGCCAAGCGGGCUGUUGAGAACCACCAUCGCAACAAUCGGAAGGGUUCCUCCCGGCCUCACGCGAGUACCAGUGUUUCUGCUUCUCCAGCCCCAUCCGUCUCCCGUAAAGGUCACCGUGAGCAGGAUCGGUCCCGACAUCGGUCCCACACUCACGGCGCUCGAGAGAGUAUGGAGCGUCACCAUACCCCUAGCCACGAUUCUCGUCCAAGAUCUGUUCAUGACGGUGAACGCCGGCGCCAUCGGGCGUCCGAUGCUUCGAGUGAAGACGUUCGUCGGCGCAAGAAUAAUGAGAAUGGCCACUUGGGCAAGGAAGAUAUGUCCCGUCUGUUCUUCAAACCAAUCCGCGAAGAUCUCAAGAAGGUUGCAGCUGUCACAAAAGAAAACUUCCCGAACAAGGCUGAGCGGGCUUCUGAGCUCCGGCGUCUCCUCAACAAGAUCGGCGGCUUUAUUGGUAGCAACUUGAAGGGGGAGAAUUCAGUUUCCAUGUCCUCCCUAGAAACUCGAUUAUGGCAUUAUGUCUCGGUCCAUUACUGGCCCAACAAGGAUGCUGGCGGAGCCAAACUCCAGGAAAUGUACCACAAACUGAGCGAUGUUCACAAGAAAGCGGCUGCAGCUAAGGCCACUUCGAAUGGGGACUAGGCAUUUUUUUUUUUUUUUUUAUCGAUGUGCAGCAAAAGCAUUGCUUGAUUUUUGUCUACUAUUUUAUUUUUCGAUCGUUGUCUUCUUCCCAUUUCUCCCCAACAUUUU